GAUGCAAUAUCUUAAAAAUAGAGAGCAUGUGUUCUGUUGUACUCUAAUAUUUUAUUUUAUUUAUUUUAGAAAGAAAAGUUUUUUUUUUAAAAAAACGAACUCGAAGGAGUCUUUAAUUCGAGUCUCGCAGUAUAAAAGAGUUGAGCGUUGAGUAUGAGCGGGAUCCAUUAUUCUUGCUCAACAACAAUUAUUGAAUUACUCUCUUGAUAGAAGAUUCAGUCAGAUUUGGUCAAAUUUGGACUGGUUAUGCAUCAAGUUAAAGCAAGUCAAAACUGAACCCUCAAGAUGUUAGAGGCAUUUGGUUAUCUUUAGUAACUGAAGACUGAAAAAACAAGAAGGAGACUGUUGUUGCACUGUCUUAAUCAUCAGUGACUAUAAUCCAUUCUUCCUUCCUUCUUAUGGCUUCUAAACAAGAUUUUGUGGUUUUUGGGCAUAUUCCAUAUUUUUUCUUUAGAACAUACAGUGAAAUUUGAUCCUGAUUAGUCUUUAAUGUUCUGCUCCUCCUGUAGUAAUCAGUAGGUUGUUGUCUUGUAAGUAACAUGAAAGUUUGAUAUCUAAGCCAUGCUUAUAUGUGGCAGACAGAAUGAUUACUGCUGAUGAUUCAAAAAUUUUCCAUCUUCUUAUGGGUUAGAAUCAAAAUCUUAUGUAUUUUUUCAAAUACACGAUGGAUCCUUACUGAAAUUAGAUUUUCCUUUCUACUUUUUGUUAUUGGUAUUUACCUUAGAUAGUCUUGGUCUCUGUCUAGUGAUUGCUGAGUAAGAAAUAUGAGAUAUGGAAAUGCCAAGUUGUGACUGAUAACUAAUGUUCACGUAAUGACCGCCUAGUGGUCCAAUUGAAUACAUUAAAGUCUCUAUUAUAUUUUACUGUGAUAUUCACCCUCAUUGUGAUGUCUUAGGAAAAUAUGGUUUCAAAGAUAUUUCUGGCCAACUUGAAAAUGCAAUAUUCUCCUAGUCAUCAACAAGCUCCAUUUACAAUCUUAGCAUUUGUUGUUACCCGAAAAUUUCUGCUUCCAUGGUAUGAAAUCUUGUUUUGGAAGUUUCUGCAUCUGCCUACUUAACAAUUAUAAUGUUGGGAGGAGAAAAAUGGAACUUUUGAUUCCAGUUGUCCUAAAUUGAGUAUUUCAAAUAAAUAAUUCUAUAUUUAGAUUAGUGUUGUUGUUUGACAAUUAUUUAGAUUGCAGUGAUGGAUCGUGGAAAAAUACCAGACCUUGCUGCACGAAGUAAUAGGAUUUAUCUGGAUUUAGAGGACAUCAUCAAGGAGAAUGCGCUUCCCUUCCUUCCUGCCAAAUCAGCUGUCAAAUUCCAAGCUGUUUGUAGGGACUGGAGACUCCAGAUUUCGGCUCCACUUUUUGCCCACAAGCAGUCACUUUCUUGUAACAGUACAUCAGGCAUCUUUUCCCAGCUUAACAGGGGUUCUCCUUUCCUUAUACCCAUUGACGCAAACUCUUGUGGGGUGCCAGAUCCAUUUCUUAACUUCUUGCCUGAGCCCGUUGACAUCAAAUCCUCCUCCAAUGGACUGCUUUGUUGCCGAGGUCGUGAAGGGGACAAGGUCUACUACAUAUGUAAUCCUUUUACUAAGCAGUGGAAGGAACUACCAAAAUCAAAUGCUUAUCAUGGAUCAGAUCCAGCAAUUGUGCUCUUAUUUGAACCAUCAUUGCUCAACUUUGUAGCAGAGUACAAAAUUAUAUGUGCUUUUCCAUCGACAGAUUUUGACAAGGCAACUGAAUUUGAUAUAUAUUACUCAAGAGAGGGUUGUUGGAAAAUUGCUGAGGAGAUGUGCUUUGGAAGUAGAACAAUAUUUCCAAAAUCAGGGAUCCAUGUGAAUGGCGUUGUUUACUGGAUGACAAGUAAGAAUAUUCUUGCUUUUGAUCUAACAAAGGGUAGGACACAGCUCCUUGAAAGCUAUGGCACUCGUGGGUUCUUGGGGACUUUUAGUGGAAAGCUCUGUAAGGUUGAUGUCAGUGGUGAUAUAAUCAGCUUAAACGUUUUGGCUAAUACCCACUCAAAUACAAUGCAAAUAGGUAGCCAAAUCAAAAUGUGGUCAGAGAAAGAGAUUGUUGUUCUUGACAGUGAAAUUGUUGGGGAUGGUGCAGCAAGGAACCACACAGUUUUACAUGUUGACAGUGAUAUAAUGGUGGUUCUUUGUGGAAGAAGAACGUGCUCAUACGAUUUCAAGUCUCGUCUAACAAAAUUUCUGAGCAGUAAAGUUGGAAUUCUUGAUCGAUGCUUUCCAUAUGUAAACAGCCUAGUCUCCCUCUAAAUUCAAUCAGCUUAAUGAGGAAAACAAACAUCUCCUUUUCAGAUGGUUACUUGUACUGAAGAAAUUUGUAUAGUAUUCUUUGUGCUAUGAACAUCAGGCUUUUCGUUUUAUCUUAUAUGGAUCUCAUGUUGAACAUGUAACACAAAUUUUUAUUGUCAGAAUAUCUCAUGUUGAACCUA